GCUCUCUAUCUCCCUCGAUCUCUCCAUACAUAGUCAACGAAAUGGGUGCAGUUGCAGGUGCAGGCGAAGAGUUCAUGGUGAAGUUGGGCAAGAGAGAAGUGGUGGCGGCACCACUGCCCAUGCAAGAGCAUUGGCUGCCCCUCUCCAACCUCGACUUGCUCUUGCCUCCACUUGACGUAGGCGUCUUCUUCUGCUACACCAACCCAACCACCACCGCCACCUUGCAGAGGCUUGAGUAUGGGUCCAUGGUGGGGAUUCUGAAAGCCGCCUUGGCCCAAGCUCUGGUCUCCUACUAUGCUCUCGCCGGGGAGGUGGUCCAGAACACAGGCGGUGAGCCUGAGCUCCUGUGCAACAACCGUGGGGUGGACUUCGUCGAGGCUUUCGCGGACAUUGAACUCUGCCAUCUCAACCUGUAUAAUCCCGACAAAACCAUUGAAGGGAAACUGGUUCCUACAAAGAAGCAAGGCGUGCUUGCUGUUCAGGCAACGGAGCUAAAGUGUGGGGGAAUAGUGGUGGCGUGUACGUUUGACCAUCGGAUAGCUGACGCCCACUCGGCCAACAUGUUCAUGGUGUUUUGGGCAGAGACGGCUCGCUCCGAUGCCCCGAUCUCGCUCCCUCCUUCUUUCCGCCGCUCUCUUCUCAACCCAAGGCGUCCGCUCUGCAUUGACCCUUCUCUAGACCGCAUGUACGUGCCCAUCUCCGCAUUGCCCCCACCUCCCCAGCACAAGCAGCAGGCGGGUGGUGAAUUUGAGCCAAAGUCAUCGAGGGACAACAACCGUCUGGUAAGCCGCAUCUACUAUGCGACGGCCACCCUGCUAAGCGAGUUGCAGCAGAUGGCCAGCUCCAACGGAAGCAAGAGGUCUAAGUUGGAGUCGUUCAGCGCUUUCCUUUGGAAGAUGGUGGCCGAAUCCUCCUUGGUUGCUAAUAACCAGGACAGCAAGGCGAUAUCGAGGAUGGGAAUUGUGGUAGACGGCAGGUGUAGGUUGAUGAGUCAGGGCGGGGACGACAAGCCCUUACCCAUGGCGUCCUACUUUGGGAACGUGCUGUCGAUAGCAUUUGGAGAGAAGAGGGCGAGGGAGGUGGUGGAGAAGCCGCUGAGCUGGGUGGCGGAGGCGGUGCAUGAGUUUGUGGAGAGGGCGGCGACCAGGGAGCACUUCCUGGACCUGAUAGACUGGGUGGAAGAGCAUCGGCCGGCACCAGGGGUGACAAGGAUAUACUGCAAGCUGGGGAGCGAGGAGGAGGAGGAAGGGUCAACGGCGUUUGUGAUGUCAUCGGGGCAGAGGUUCCCGGUGACCGAGAUUGACUUCGGGUGGGGGAAGCCAGUGCUGGGAUCCUACCACUUCCCGUGGGGAGGGGAAACCGGGUACGUUAUGCCCAUGCCCAGCCCGCUCUCCAACGGCGACUGGGUGGUCUACCUCCACCUCUCCCGGUCUCAGGUGGCCUUCAUUGAGUCCAAAGCUCCCACCGUCUUCAGGCCCUUGACGCCUUACUAUCUUCGCUUGCUUUGAUUCUUCUUCUUCUGCAUGAAUACAUUCUCGUGCCUCACCGCUACUGUUGGUGGUUGUUGUUUGUCCUGUUUGAUUAAAACCUUAUGUUCCUUGUGUAUUUUCUUUCCCGACAUGCAUCUUACUCUGUCCUUAUUCUCCAUAUCGAUCAAUCCGAAGCAUAUGUCUACUUUCUGUUGAUAA